AUGGUAGACACGCGGGCCUGGCGCGUGUUUAAGAGCAGCGUGUGUCGUGAAAGCGUGGACAGCGUGAGUGUGGUCGGGGGCGCCCGCGAGGCCAGGGUGGGCCAGAGAAGCUGCGUUCGGGACGCGCAGGAGACACUGUCCGGGGUGGGUGCGGGGGCGCAGCGGCAGCGCCUCACGUCGUCCCCGGUGGCCGCGGGGGCUGGAGAUGCAGGGAACGUUGAGCCUACAGUGACUGUGUAUCCUAUGAAGACCCAGCCAUUGCAGCAUCACAACCUCCUGGUCUGCUCUGUGGAUGGUUUCUAUCCAGGCAACAUUGAAGUCAGGUGGUUCCGGAAUGGCCAGAAAGAGGAAACUGGGGUGGUCUCCACAGGCCUGAUUCAGAAUGGAGACUGGACCUUCCAGACCCUGGUGAUGCUUGAAACGGUUCCUCAGAGUGGAGAGGUUUACACCUGCCAAGUGACGCACACGAGCCGGAUGAGCCCUAUCACGGUGGAAUGGAGGGCACAGUCUGAAUCUGCACAGAGCAGGAUGCUGAGUGGAAUUGGGGGCUUUGUGCUGGGCCUACUGUUCCUUGGGGUGGGGCUAUUCAUCUACUUCAGGAAUCAGAAAGGAAAUUCUGGACUUCAGCCAACAGGACUCCUGAGCUGAAGUGAAGAUGACACCCGAGGAGAAACCUUCUGUCCCAGCAUAUUUGCAGCAUGAAAAGGUUUCUUGCUUGGCUCUUAUGCUCUCAGAAAGAGAGUCUUUCUCAGGACCUGGUUUGCUCCUGGUUCGGUGACCCUACAAAAAAUGUCCUCCCUGGUGGCCUUCCUCAGCUUCUGCCCUUGGCCUGGAAGUCCCAGUGCUGACUGCAGUACCUGAUCUUCAUUCUUUCCCAGUCCCCUUUGUAUUCAACCCUUAACUGCCCCCUGUGCAUCUGAAAUCAUCUUUUGCGCACAUUACUUUAUUAAAUUUUUCUCA